AUGCCUCAAAAGUUAGCCAUGUCAAUGGCUGAUACACGAGAUGCGGGCCGUGAGCUUAAGGAUCUCGAAUCUGGAGUUCUUGACACGAAGUCUUCUGCCGCUAAUGUAUACUAUGAGGAUGUAGAGUCGCAUGUAACUAACGAAUUUGUGGAUGAUAAGCUAGGAUCGAACGGAACGCACAAAUCAGUUUAUAAUAAACCAUCCUUUUUCAAUAGGAUUGCGGCAGCUUUGAAUGCGGAGACGAAGGGUAUUGAACCAGUUACAGAGGACGAAAAAACUGAUAAUUCGAUACUCAAUGCCGCCACUAUAUGGUUUUCAGCAAAUAUGGUCAUUGUAGCCUACUCCGUAGGUGCCUUGGGCCCCCUGGUAUUUAGUCUAAAUUUCGGCCAAAGCGUUUUAAUUAUCAUUUUUUUCAAUAUUAUGGGUUUGAUACCUGUCGCAUUAUUUUCACUUUUCGGGGUACAACUAGGUUUGAGACAGAUGAUUCUAUCCAGAUAUUUGGCUGGUAAUAUCACAGCAAGAUUUUUCUCUCUUGUUAACGUUAUUGCUUGCAUCGGUUGGUGUGUUUUAAAUAUUUCGGUUUCCGCUCAACUGCUGAAUAUGGUGAAUGAAGGUUCUGGUCAUGUCUGUCCUCUUUGGGCUGGUUGUUUGAUUAUUGCUGGUGGUACCGUGCUUGUGACUUUUUUUGGUUAUAGUGUCAUUCAUGCAUACGAAAAAUGGUCCUGGGUGCCCAACUUUGCUGCCUUUUUAGUCAUUAUUGCUCAACUAUCGAGAUCAGGAAAGUUUAAAGGAGGGGAAUGGGUAGGAGGCGCAACUACUGCAGGUGGCGUUCUUUCUUUCGGUUCUGCCGUUUUUGGAUCUGCUGCAGGUUGGGCAACAUAUGCAGCUGAUUACACCGUUUAUAUGCCAAAGAACACGAGCAAAUACAAGAUUUUCUUUUCUGUAGCAGCCGGUCUAGCGUUCCCCUUAUUUUUCACUAUGAUUCUUGGUGCUGCUUGUGGUAUGGCUGCUCUUAAUGAUCCAACCUGGAAGGCAUAUUAUGAUAAAAAUGCUAUGGGUGGCGUUAUAUAUGCUAUUUUGGUCCCUAACUCUCUAAACGGGUUUGGUCAAUUCUGUUGUGUUCUUCUGGCUCUUUCAACAGUCGCUAAUAAUGUCCCUGGAAUGUAUACUGUUGCUUUAUCCGCCCAGGCUUUGUGGGCACCUUUGGCUAAAAUCCCGAGAGUAGUCUGGACAAUGGCUGCCAAUGCUGCAACUUUAGGUAUUUCCAUUCCUGCUACCUAUUACUUUGACGGUUUUAUGGAAAAUUUCAUGGAUUCUAUCGGAUAUUAUUUGGCUAUCUAUAUUGCCAUCGCAUGUUCAGAGCAUUUUAUCUACAGGCGUUCCUUCAGUGCUUACAAUGUUGAUGAUUGGGAUAACUGGGAACGUCUACCUAUCGGUAUCGCGGGUACUGCUGCCUUGAUUGUGGGUGCCUUCGGUGUUGCAUUGGGUAUGUGUCAAACUUACUGGGUUGGCGAGAUCAGUCGUUUGAUCGGAGAGUAUGGUGGUGAUAUCGGGUUCGAGUUAGGCGGAAGUUGGGCAUUCAUCAUCUACAACAUUGUAAGACCUUUAGAACUCAAAUAUUUCGGUCGGUAA